CCCAUAUACAAGCCCCCCUCUCAAAAACCCUAGCAACCUCUCCACUCUGCUGACUGAACCCUAAACUCGAAAGAAAACAAGCAGCUCCUCUUCCAGGGUAUCAGACCUAUAGCUAUCAAACAUGGUGAAGAAGAGCAAAAAGAGUAAGAGUAAGAGGGUGUCGUUGAAACAGAAGUAUAAGGUUAUAAGGAAAGUGAAGGAGCAUCACAAAAAGAAGGCCAAAGAAGCUAAGAAGUCUGGCUUGGAUAAAAAACGCAAGGUUGAGAAGGACCCUGGUAUUCCUAAUGAAUGGCCUUUCAAGGAACAGGAGCUGAAAGCUCUUGAAGCUCGCAGGGCUCGUGCUAUUGAGGAGUUGGAGCAAAAAAAAGCUGCCCGCAAAGAGAGGGCUCAAAAGAGGAAGCUGGGGCUGUUAGAGAAUGAUGGCACUAAGGAUUCGGAAAAAGAACAAAAUACUGGAGACCAAAAUGGUGGUGUAGAAUUCAAAGGAAUCACGAGAAACCGAGAAAAUUCUGAUAGGGCAUUCUACAAGGAGCUGGUUAAAGUUGUUGAAGCAUCGGAUGUCAUCCUGGAGGUCCUAGAUGCACGGGAUCCUCUUGGUACACGAUGUGUUGAUAUGGAAAAGAUGGUGAUGAAAUCGGGUUAUGAUAAGCACCUAGUGUUGCUUCUAAACAAAAUUGAUCUUGUCCCUCGUGAAGCUGUUGAGAAAUGGCUUAAGUAUCUUAGAGAAGAAUUCCCGGCAGUUGCGUUCAAGUGCAAUACGCAAGAGCAGCGAUCAAACUUAGGGUGGAAAUCUUCCUCAAAAUCAGCCAAGACGAGCACUCUUCUACAAACAAGUGAUUGUCUUGGAGCUGAAACUCUUAUUAAAUUGCUGAAAAAUUACUCAAGAAGCCAUGAGAUCAAGAAAUCUAUCACAGUUGGUGUAAUUGGCCUGCCCAAUGUUGGCAAGAGUAGUCUAAUUAACAGCUUGAAGAGAUCCCAUGUUGUCAAUGUUGGCUCUACUCCAGGAUUAACUAGAUCAAUGCAAGAAGUUCAGCUAGACAAGAAUGUUAAAUUGUUGGACUGUCCUGGUGUUGUAAUGCUUAAAUCUGUGGAGAGUGAUGCGUCUGUAGCUCUUCGAAACUGCAAAAGGAUAGAGAAGUUGGAUGAUCCAGUUGGUCCAGUGAAAGAAAUUCUCAAGCUGUGCCCAGAUAGACUGUUGGUAACACUAUACAAGAUCCCUAGCUUUGAUUCAGUUGAUGACUUUCUACAAAAGGUGGCUACUGUAAGGGGUAGACUCAAAAAGGGUGGCAUUGUGGAUGUUGAUGCUGCUGCUAGAAUUGUUCUGCAUGACUGGAAUGAAGGUAAGAUACCAUAUUACACAAUGCCCCCAGCCAGGAAUCAAGGGGAGCCUUCAGAGGCAAAGAUUGUUUCAGAGUUUGGGAAGGAAUUUAACAUUGAUGAAGUUUACAAUGGUGAAUCCUCAUUCAUUGGAAGCCUCAAGUCUGCUGACGACUACAAUCCUGUAGAAGUUCCUCCUAGUUGCCCUCUCAAUUUUGAUGAAAAGCUGAUUGAGGGAGAUGGAGAUGUAGCUCAACCAUCAACUAAAGGUGAUGAAAGCUCCAAAGAACUGGUUAACAAUGAUGACGAGCCAAUGGAGUCUGAAGAUGACAAUGCAAACAAGACUAAGGCAAAAACUGAAAUUAGCAGGCAAAAUGAGAAGCUCUAUUCAGCAGAAGGUAUACUGAAUACAAAGAUGAAAAGAGCUGAGAAGAAAAGGAGGAAAAAAGCAGCUAAAGUGGACACAAUGGAUGAUGAUUAUGACUUUAAAGUGGAUUUUAAGAACGGUUCUGCCAUGAAUGUUGAAGACAAGAGUGGUAAGAUGGAUGAUGAGAGUCCAAUUCCGGCGGAGGUGCCUAUGUCUGGUAUUCAGUGUGAUGAUGAGUAAGGAGUCGGCCUUUUUUUUUUUUCUUGGGGGGGGGGGGGAGACCGUGGAAAUACAAACUCUUUCUGAUUCAAGCAAAUUGGAAAUUUUGUUAAACAACAGAGCGAGAUUAAUUUAUUUCAUAUGUGCCUGUACGAUGCCUC